UUUUCCAUGUCAUAUUUCAAUUGGAUGGCAUAAUCAUUGUUGUACAUCAUUAUGAGCACUGUCAUUAUCUUGAAUGUACUAACAGAUUAAUUAUAGGUACAUGCAAGCUGUUGUAGAUGAAAUCAUUUUUGGAAAUGUUGAUCCACUGAAGCAUCCAAGCAAGUGGAAUUUGGGAAAGCUCUUGAAGGAGUUCAAUGGAAUUUCAGGGAAGAUAUUGAAUGACUCAUUUGUGGCGAUUACAGAGGUAGCUUUACGGGAAUCCCUCACACAGCUUCAUGAGUUAAGUUCUGUAAGUAUUAACGAUUUUCACCUUCCAAACUUGCCCUCACCUCCAAAUGCCUUCAGAGGAAUACGUAGGAAGAGCUCCUCAUUGAAACGUUGGCUUGCCGUAUGCUCAGAUGAUUCAGCUAAAGAUGGAAAGUACCGACCAACUGUUAAUCUUCUCCGCAAGUACCUUGGAGAUUUUAUAAUUGCUUCAUAUUUGGAUGUUGUACAAGAAUCUGGGUAUGAUGAUGCAUAUAUGAAGGAAAUAGAGAGGGCAGUUCUUGUGAAAACUCUAGAUUGUUUCUGGAGGGAUCAUCUUGUCAACAUGAACAGGCUCAGUUCGGCGGUAAAUGUCAGAAGUUUCGGGCAUAGGAAUCCACUUGAAGAAUACAAAAUUGAUGGUUGUCGAUUCUUCAUUUCUAUGCUCAGUGCAACUCGAAGGCUAACUGUAGAAUCACUCUUGCGGUAUUGGUCAUCUCCCAUGGAGUCCCAAGAACUUUAUGUAUCGUAGAAGUAGAAUCGUUUUCUUUGCUAGAGUCCAGGUUGAUCUGGUCUUUUAUUUGAUGCAGUCCAUUGGUCUGAGGGGCAUAGUCAAGAAUUUUAUUCAGUGGGAUCAUUCAACAAGUUAUCAUCAAUGUCACUUGAAUAAUCCGUGGCAUCCAAAACCCACCAAAGCAGUAUCAGUGUCAAAGCUACACCAAGACCUACUGGUGCAUAGUUGAAGGUGUUCCAUAUCUAACAGGGUAGAGUUGGCAAUCGGAAGGCCAGGCAGAUAUAUCAUAUCCACACAAUAGGGCUGCCAAAUCCACCUUACUUUACUCCAUAAUUGGGACGUCGUAGCAGCCAACCCACCCCUAUUGUGCUUGUGGAAAUGAUGUCGGUAAAAGGUCACAUUGAUUUUCAAGAUGGGCAGAGAUGACUGUUGAUGCUGGAAAAAAAAAAAACUAAAAAUGUAGAUGACUGCACAGAAACACACAGCAUCUGUUGGGACCUUGAAUUCUUUUGCCAAAUUGGUGAUUUUUUUGUUAGUUUUUUUCUCGGUGAAAUGGGAUAGACAGUUGUGCAUGUAAUGCAAGAGAGCACAAUUUUAGAAUUUGAAACUGUGAAUAUCAGCAAAAAAAAGAGAAUGAAUUGUAGAUGUGGCGAGUAUUAUGUUGUGUUUGUAACAGUGCCCCAAGGUGGGUGAGCUGCAAAUUAUGAAAAUGUAUUUAUUCAAUAGGUUUGUAUCACAGACUUGAAUGGACUCGUAAGUUUGAAUGAAUAAUUGAUCAGAACAUUCUCUUUGA